AUGCUAUUCUACGUUCUCCUUGCCGUGAUGCUUCUGAGCACCCUCCCUCAAGAAGCAGUUUCUGCUGACGAGUGCAAAGAUGUCGGCCCAGCUGGCUCGUGCAAAAGAAACAAGGAGAAUGGUUGGUGCACAUCAAAAGAUUCCGCCAGGGUCUCUAUUAUGGAAUAUAGGUGCCGAAAGACAUGCGGCUUCUGUUAG